AUGCAAGAAACAACAAAUCAAGCAAAGCCAACGCCCACUCGUCGCCGACAAAAUCGUGGCGGUGGCGGCAAGGCUGCUGGACAGAAGAUGUACGCAUCAGAGACCGACGUCGCCAAUGUCUCAACCUUGGCCUUCGAUCAAGCCGGUCAUCCUCAUACCCCCCAGAAGUCAUAUUCUGGCUCGCCUGAGCCGCAGUCCGGCAACGGCAACCAGCCUGGCUCCAAACAGCGCUCGCGAAACAAACCUCGGGCUAGGAACCCCAAUACCGUAGCUUCGCCUGACGUCACCCGCCAAAACCGCCGCUCGACCCCUCAGAGCAUCCCGGUGAACAAGUCGGCAGCGGCCGCUUUCGCUGGCGCGACUUUCCAUGCUUCGCCUGCUCCAUCAGCCUUACCUAUGCCCAGCUUCUAUUCAAAGUCCAUUCCCGAAUCUCCAGGACCCAGGCCGGAAGCCCAACAGCAGCCGUCCCCACCGGCAACCGAACGACAACGCCCGACACCUCAGCAUCCUGCGACCGCACCUAGGGCUCACGAGUCGCCUCUUGACGCCAUUUUCAGAGCCGAUAGAGCUGAAAAGGAACAGGCGCGGCGAUCGAGUUCGUUGAACUCGUCCGUUCAAACAGAUGGUUCUGAGUCAACCGCUGCCCCUUCGCCCAGGGAUGCCAACCAUGGCCCUUUCGUUGCAAAACCUUACAACACUCACCCUGGGCACCGUAUGCCUCUCCAGAGAUCAUCUAGUGGAAUCUCGGCCCAGGAGCUUGACGGCUUUUCGGGAAAGCCUCUUGGCCCUGCAUUCUCCACCCCAUACCAAGAGCGCAUCCGCGCUGCCCGUGCCGCUCCCAACCAGUCUCCGAAUGGCACGAGACCUACGCAGGUCUCGCCUGCCGAGGAUCGCUCUGAAGCUCUGAAGAAGUAUCUCUUUGGGGGCAAAGGUCUGGCUUCAGCUGCCCAGCCACCAGCUUCGGCUCCGCCAGCUCAGUACGUCCAUAACGGCUUCAUGGGAAAUAACCCGGCCCCUCAGGGCGACCAAUCUGCCGAUCUCCGCGCCAUGGAGGACAACCUGCGCCGCAUUCUGAAACUCGAGUCGCCCAUGUCAUCUACACAAUCGGGAGAACGUCCUCUGUACUCUUAG